AUGAUAUGCACGUAUCCGAGUGACAGGCGCGAGGCUAAGAAGACGCCCAGUUUGCAGGACAUCUCUGAUCGUCUGCAACGACUCGAGUCUCUCCUACUCGAGCAGAGAAACAGAGAACCAUCAACGUCAGAAAGCUUACAGGCGAAGGUGCCUGACACGGAGACCCCUGGCAUGUCAAAUCUUCCUAAAUCACUCUCUACCAUUAAAGCACCGUCAAGGCCAUGGGAAAUUCUAUUGAAAGACGGAGAGAGAGUUCAUUAUGUUGAUAAUGCCAAUUUAUUGGAUCUUUUCCAAGAUGAAGAGCGCUUGAGACCUCCUGAUCGCCAAUCCUCUUGCGUAAAAGCCAGCGCAUCCAGAACCAGAGACCUCAACUUAUCAACUGGGAUAUCCCAAGUGCAUGGCCAACACGAGAAUCCAAAUCACCUGUACCCAGACCCUCAGCUAGCACUGCGCUUAUGGAAGACAUACAUCGAGAAUGUAGACCCCGUGGUCAAAGUUCUGCACAUUCCGACGACUCAGUCUUCCAUGAUAGCUUUGAUAGCCGAUCCGUCUCAAACCGUGUCGUCAUUUUCUGCAUUGGCAUUUGCGGUCUACUUUGCUGCGACGACAAGCCUGACCGAAGAUGAAAUAUCGAGUAUAUCUCCAGAAAAUCGGUCGACGCUGUUGGAGAGGUUCAAAAAUGGACUGAAUCAGAUAAUCAUUGAACUAAACCUGUUCAAUGAACCCGAUGUUACGACCAUCGAGGCCAUUGCCAUAUUUGCAACAUGCCUACGAGUCCACGACCCCAGCCGUGGUGUUUGGAUCCUCAUUGGCACUGCAAUACGAUUAGCACAAUCCAUCGGAAUCCACCGCUACGGAGCCGCACUGGCAUUAAGUCCAUUCGAGACCGAGCGACGCCUCAGACUCUGGUGGCACCUUAACAUGCUCGAUUCAAGAGCACCUGAAGACCACGGAUUCGCCUAUAGCUUCGAUUCAGUCAACCAGGGCCUUCGUCUCCCUCUCAAUGUCAAUGAUAACUAUCUCUUUCCGGAGAUGGAAACGCUCCCGUUGGAGUUGGAGACCUGGACUCAGGCGUCUUUUGCUAUAGUUUCUAUUGAAACAACCACCCUCUUACAGAGAAUGCUUGGCCCGACGGCGGUGGGACGGCAUGAUGACCUGACGGGUGAUCUUAUAGAGAAGAGGAAGGUCAUGAGAGAACACAACGCUUGGUUGGGCAGGAAAUUCUUUUCUGGAAAAUCGCCUUCCAGGGUACAAACUGCUGCAGCGGCGCAUCACCGCACGGCGUACAUCAAGAUGGAGUUUAUGCUGCAGGCACGAGAGCAUCUCACCUUCCCCGAUGGUCAUAAGCACUGCUCGACUCCUUUCCCUGCCAAGGGACUCUGUGAAAUGGCUUUCCGAACGGCCUGUCGCGCGGUUGAGAGUAGUUACACUCUUCUCAGCGGUACGUCGUCUGCUAGAUUUGCCUGGCUUUUUCAGUCGUAUCCACAAUGGUAUGCUCUUGCGUACGUUUUGCGCUUCCUCUGUGCUGUGCCACUAUCACCAGAGACUGAAGAUGCCUGGGUUCUGGUAAAUAAGACCUUCGACGCGUUGUCAUACUCUCAAGAUCUAUCUGCGAUGGAUGCUGGACGGGGGAGUAUUUGGAGAUGCCUGGCUCGCAUUCGACAUCAAGUUGCGAUUGCACGAGGCGAGGUCCGUCGAACUAUAGCAGGUCAGAGGGGCGAUGCUGGUGAGCCAUGUGUAAAUCAUGCCGAGUCAGGCGCUGGCAAUCUGAGUGACCAGGCUGUUUCUGGGGUUGAAUGGCCUAGUCCGAAGAUGCCUUCGUUGGAUCCGAAUUGGAAUGUGGAGAUGGAUAUGUUUGGCGACGCGUUGAUGCCGGACAUGCUUUGCUUGCCUGAAUGGAGUGAUAUUGUGAAUGGAAGGCUCGGCCUGUAG